CAGAUUUGUCUGAAACAUCUGAAUCUUCAAAUGCUAUAAUAAUAACUAAAAAACAAAGGUAUAGAAUUGACCUAUCAGCGGAUUGGCCUGCCAACUACAUAAUUGAAUCAAGUAGUAAGACUCCCCUCCAAAUACAAGUUACAAUAAAACUGGAACCUUCAGAUUUUGUUGGAUCACGGCCAGUUUCUCCGGUCCUUAUUCCUAGCAUCGAUAACGUUGAUAAUUCUAAUAUUGCCCAACCUGAAACUCUGAUACUCCCUUCUAUUAAUGUCUCUGAUGAUAAGCAAGCUCAUAAUAGUUUUAAUUCUAUUAACAUCCAAGAGCCAAAUUCGAAUUCCAAACCUAGGGUAGUCCUGUCUAAGACCUCAGAUAAUAGUUUUUUGCCUCUUAACACCGCUAGUGCUUCUAAAAACCAAACUUAUUAUACUACUAAUACAUUUCAAAUUACUAGGAAAAAUAAAUUAGUAUCCCCUUUUAUCUCCGUUCCUAAUGAUGUCCCACCUGUAAUAUUUCUUGAAGCAUGGGAAAAUAAGAUUCAAGAGUAUACAUUCACUAAAAAUGAUUCUGACACUAAUGAAAACAUCGACGAAGCUAGAAGGCAACUAAAAUUGAAGAAAGAAAAAAAUAAACCUACUACAGUACAAUGUUUCUAUGACCUUUCAGGGAAUGCUUAUCUGCAAGAGAAUUUUACUAAGUACAACCUCCGUAGUUAUAUCUCUAAAGGAAGCAAUCAAAUAGAAGAAACAGAGAUUAGUGAUUUAUUUGAUUAUUAUUAUGGAGAAGAGUUGAGUAAGAAAAAUACCUAUCAGAUGGGAGAACUUAGUUUAGAGCAGUAUCUUCGGCUACAAAGUUUUUUAGAAUGA